UCGAUUCUCGAUUCUCGAUUCUUGAGAGAGACGAACGGACACACAUGCUCGCGUUCGUUUGCCGCCUGCUGGUGUAAGACUUGGGCACCUCCUUCUCUAUAAUCCUCAAACGAGCCUCGCACUCCGUGAGGUACACAUCUGUCACACGCAUUCUUACGCACUUCAAAAAAAAAAAAAAAAAAGCAAACAAAAAUUUAUCAACAUUCUUGAAAAUCAAUUUAAAAGAGAUAGAGAAUAGGAAGAAAUUUGAAAAAUGAAGACAUCUUGCAUUCUCUGUGGACUUUUAUUAGUCAUUGGUAUCGUUACCUCCAGUCCUGUUGUUAAACGUGCAGCCGAGGAUGAUCUCAGUCCAUUAAAUGAAGUUUAUGUUGUGGACGACGAAGUCGCGGCUGACGAUGACAGAGCAGAAAGAGAUAAGAGAAAAAUAGGAGUCGUUAAACUCGGAGUGACAAAUGGACUCCUCAAUUUUGUAUUUGGAAAACUGGACGCUUUUUUGGAGGCAAAAACGAAAGCCUUGGAAGUUUUGGACGAGGGUAAUAAGGCGAAAAAUUUAGCUUAUGGAAUUGAUCCACAUCACUCGGCAACCAGUCAUUUUAUCAGUAAUUUGGUUCAGCAAAAAAUUCAGGCCGGUACUGCAAGUAUCGGUCCGGUAAUAAAUAGUGCAACUACAUUCUUUUCGAGUGCAAAAGCUGGUCUCUCCAAUGCUUUUGCCUCGAAAUUCGCACCUUUAAGUUCUCUUUCAGGUGGUUUGUCCGGCGGUUUGUCGGGUGGUUCCAGUAGUUCAGAUCACUCAAAUGGCGGUGGCUCGGGUAAUAUUCUCUCAACAUUGACAAGUCUCAGUGGAUCAAGUAGCGAUUUAAGUGGAGGAAGCAGUAAUGGAAAUUCGCAUAAUGAUGAUGUGAGUUCUAGUGAUGAUGAUCAUGAUGUUGGUCUUAGUGCUGAUGCAGGCACGAAUGGGGGCCUUAAUCUUGCCGCAUUUGUUCGCUCAACAACAGAGGAGGAUAUCCCUGAAUUCGACAGGAAAAAAGUUGAAUUAGAUGUUCCAACACAAAUUAUUGGUUCAGGAUUUUCGCUGGUUAUGAAUUUAAGUAAAAUCGUCGGUAGCCUCAUAAUGAACUCAGCACUAAGAACACAGAGUGUUUUGGAAGUUUUUAAACCAUUAUUUCGAGGGGCAUUUGCCAUCAAAGGUCUACCUUCAGACAAUCCGAAGUAGAUCAACUGCAAAUAAUAAUCUAUAGGUGAUUCGAAUUGCUCAACCAUUUGCUGGAGGCGCUUGACAUCUAGACAAGUCAUUAAACUCAUUAUAACAACGACGAGAGUGACUCCGGUGGAACAUAAUUAUUUUAAUAUUUAUUUUUUUAUUUUAUUCUUCUUCUUCUUCUUUUUUUUAUUUUUAAGAAAAUUUUGCAUAAUUUACUGGAAUAUUUUUGAUAUUAUUACAAAAGCCAAAAAUGAAUUUUGUCAUACAUUGAAUAACCAAAAAAAAAAAAACAUUGGACGUUAAAAACAAUUUUUUAUGUAAUGUGAAUAAUAUUUAAAGUAGCCAUAUUAUUUGUAAGCUUUAUUUUAAAAUUUGUAAGAAUUUUCGAUUUUUAUGAGGGAAAUUUUUAUAAUAACAUUGAGAUUUAUUAGCAGUAUCAAAUUUUUUUUUUACACGAAUUUUUGAGUCUGACUAAAACGUACAUUUACUACUGUUUUUGAAAAUUGAAAAAAAUUUCUACAGUCUGAGUAAAAAUUACUUGUACUACUUAUAAAAGUUAUUAUUUAUAGUAAAAUUACAAGUACCAAUGUCUGACUGAAAUUUACUUGUUCUACUGGUUUUGAAAUUAGAAAUAUCGUUUUGUCUGACUGAAAUGUACUUUUACUACUUAUUAAAAAAAAUUGCUACUAUUUAUACAACUGGUAUCGAAAUUCCAAGACUUAGUUUACUUAAUUACAAAUUACAGUUUGGUCUGACUAAAAUGUUCUAUUUUAAUUAAGUUUAGUCUGACUAAAAUUAACUUGUUCUACUGAUCGUGAAAAAACUUUAAACAAAUUGUGUCUGACCGAAAUAUACUUUUACUACUGGUAUACAAAAAUUUUUAAAAAAAUUAUAUAUUCUGCUAUAAAAAUUACAAGACUUCAAUAAAGUUUUGUCGUCUCACCAAAAUGUACUUGCACUACUUGUAUACUAAAAUUGGAAAAAUUUAUACUACUGCUAUCAAAAUUACAAGAUUUUAACAGAUUUUCGUAUGACUGAAAUUUACUUGUUCUACUGAUUUUAAAAUUAGAAAAUAUUAUACACUUCUGUCUGACUAAAAAGUAAAUUAACUACUGGUCAACUAAAAUUACAAAAAUUUAUACUAAUGCUUCAACCAGAAAAAUAAUAUAUUUGUCUCAUAGCCUAAUAAAUAUUUAUUUGAUUCAAGUAAAUUUUUAUUUAGUUCAAAUAAAUUUUUAUUUAGUUCAAAUAAUUUUUUAUAUGGUUCAAAUAAAUAUUUAUUUGAUUUAAAGAAAUUCUUAUUUGAUUUAAAUUUUAUUAACGCCAAAUAAAUAGGCUAUUAGGCUGUGAGACAAAUAUACAUUUAUGUAACUCAAAUAUAUUAUAAUUGGUUCAAAUAAAAUAUUUCUCUGGCUGUAUGAAAAUUACAAGAUUUUAACAAAGUUUGGUCUGACUAAAACUGACUUUUAUCACUGAAAAUAAAAUUUUAUAUGAUUUUUUUUUGUCUGACUGUUUCUGUCUCUUACUACUGAAUUAAGGGUUAAUUGCAUUGCAAUGUAUAAUAUUUUGUACUACUUGUAUAUUACUUGUAUAAUAUUUGUAUAUUGAAUAAAAAAUUUAAUAUCUUAGUAAAUUUAAUAAAUCUAAUAUAUUCAAAUGUGUAAUAAAAUUAAUUACAAUUAAAAUUACUAUUUUAAGUGAAAAUUAAAAACAUCUUUAUAUUAA